AUGCCAACAUUCGGCUGGCAAAGCAACGAGACUCCACACGCUCAGUUCAUUCGCAAUACGGACUGGAGCGCCACCGCAAUAGGAGCGCCAGAAACAUGGCCACAACAACUGCAUCAAAUGAUUGAUUUGAUCAUGCUGGAUCCGACACCUAGCGCCAUCAUGUGGGGGGACGACCUGACCAUGAUCUACAAUGAUGGGUUCGUGGAAUUCGCUGGAGAAAAACAUCCGAAACUCAUGGGAAACACUCCGAUGGUGUCGUAUGCAGAAGUUUGGGAGCCUCAAUUCGCUCCGAUUGUGGCGCUUGGUAGAGAACAAGGCAAGGCGACUCGCCACAAGGAUGUACCUUUGUUCUUGAGACGACAUGGAUACACCGAAGAAGUGUUUGUGGACUAUACAUUCAUACCUCUUACUGGAAACAACAAGGAAGUCGUCGGAUUCUAUCACACUGCAGUUGAGACCACCGACCAGAAUCUGGCUAGGCGAAGGACUCAAACAUUGAUCGACAUAGGUAAUCAUGCUGGUGUUGCGCGAGAUAUGAGGCAAUACUGGGAUGCGGUACUGAAAGGAUUCGAGACCAACAUCUGGGAUAUACCAUAUGCCAUCGCUUACGAAUUUCACAACGAUCACGACAACGAAUCUGUAUCCUCCUCGGGCCGCAUCACCAUUCCUAGAGCGUGCAGUCUGGCUGGCGUGAUUGGAAAAUGUAUGACCGACGUUCCGCUAGGCUUGGAUGUGGCUCUCGAAGAGCCUGGCUUCCAUCAAGUCGUCAAGAAGGCCAUCAGCUCUGGAGAGCCGAUACGUCUAGAGAUUGCUCACGAUAUGACACCGGACUGGCUCAAGUCGGAUGCCCCAGGAAGAGCUUUCGAUGAGCCCAUCACACAUGCGGUGGUGAUGCCAAUACGGCCGACGACCAGAAACGACAGUGAAGGCCUGAACGCCAUUGGAUUUGUGAUCAUGGGUCUCAAUCCACGCCGGGCGUAUGACACCGAUUAUCAACGCUACACAAGACUCUGGAGUCAGCAGUUGGCCACUUCGGCCGCGUCCGUGGUUCUUCUUGAGCAAGAAAACAGGCGACGCUUGCAGCUCAAAGCUCAACUUUCCAUCAACGAAUUACGCUUCAGUCGUUUCGCCGAGAUGUCUAACGUUGCCAUGUGGAUCUUGGAACCUAGUGGAAAUCUGGUCUAUGGCAAUCAAACGUGGCACGAUCAAAUGGAUGUGGAGGGAAACACGACCUUGCUUGAUGAAGAAGGCCAUCCUACCUGGUGGGAUCGUAUAACGGAGGAGACGAAGCCAACGCUAGUGGAUGCGUGGAAAUCUCUGACUGAGGAUAUGAUUGCGACGAAUGUUGAGAUACGUUUGAAGCCUACCAAGAAGACGAAACAACACCGCUGGGUUCUCUCAUCUGCGUUCCCCGAACUCGCAGAAGAUGGUUCUCUCAAAGCAAUAUGGGGCUGUAAUACCGACAUCUCGCAUCAAAAGCUAGCCGAGGAUCUCAAAGAGCAGAGGUUGCUGGACGUCCUUGAAGCAAAGCGACAGAGCGAGUCGUUCAUCGAUACUGUAUCUCACGAGAUGCGAAAUCCAUUAUCGGCUAUUUUGCAGUGUGCGGAUGGAGUCAACACUGCUAUACUAGAAGCUCGACAAUCUUCUAACAACGAGGAUCAUACUCAGCUGGAUCGUGAAGGCUUCAAUUACAUUCUGGAAUCUACUCAGACUAUCAUUCUAUGUGCGCAGCAUCAGAAGCGAAUCAUCAAUGAUAUCCUGACUCUAAGUAAACUCGAUGCUAGACUUCUUGAGGUCACUCCGACAGAAGUUGAUGCUGUCGAGACUGUCAAGCACGCACUCAGACUCUAUCAACAAGAAUGCCAGAAUGCAGAUGUGGAAAGUGCGAUACGAGUUGACCAGUCCUAUAACGCCUUGGCUGUUGAUCGCGUUUACGUUGAUCCGUCAAGAUUGCUCCAGGUUCUAAUCAACUUGCUAGGUAACGCAAUCAAGUUCACUCAGCACCAAGAUCAGAGAAAGGUCACCGUCACUAUCAGCGCAUCUAUCGAGAGUCCGGCGAUGAAAAGUGAUGGCGAACAAUACUUCUUCCCAAGAGCCUCGAAGCAAGAACCUGUCUUUGGAGCCGACUGGGGAACUGGCGAAGAUCUAUUCCUACACUUUUCAGUCAACGAUACAGGUGUUGGCUUGACAAGCGAUGAGAUGAAGAAUCUGUUCCUUCGCUUCUCGCAGGCAUCACCAAAGACUCACGUCACCUACGGUGGAAGCGGAUUGGGCCUGUUCAUCUGCAAAGAACUAGCCGAGCUCCAGGGUGGCCGCAUUGGAGUCUCUUCUGUACCGGGCAAAGGAAGUGACUUCAAGUUCUACGUCAGAGCCCGUCGAGCCAAAACUUCCAAAAGACGAGAGACUUUCGAUCUGGUAGACAGACCUGCGAAACCCUCGAAGCAGAGAAAGUCUUUUCAUGAAGACCAGAAGCCUGCUGACGAAAAGACUGGCUUGCGUGUUACGCAUCCUAAUUACAUUGCACCUCUGAACAGGAAUCACUCUGCAUCGCAAAAUCCAGUUGUCGGGUCACCAGCCGACGCGAAUACUCUGCACGUCUUGGUAGUGGAGGAUAACUUGAUCAACCAGAAAGUAAUGGCUCAGCAGCUUAAGAAGGCAAAAUGCGAGGUACACGUUGCGAAUCACGGUGCAGAUGCUCUGUUCUUCCUGGAAAAGACGACUUUUGCAAAAGACUGCGGGCCGUACGCGACACCGUUAUCAAUCAUUCUCAUGGAUCUCGAAAUGCCAGUAAUGGAUGGAUUGACUUGUAUACGACGAAUCAGGGAGUGGCAAAAGCAAGGCAAAUUGACAAGACCUGUGCCGGUCAUUGCGGUCACAGCCAAUGCUCGUAAUGAACAAAUCACCAUGGCACAAGAAGCAGGAAUGGACGACGUUGUGACGAAGCCUUUCAAGAUUUCUGAACUGAUACCCAAGAUGCAUACACUUAUAGAGAAGAUCUCGACUUGA